CUACACCUAAACACAGAGACUGAUAUGGACUUCCUCUUUUGACAACUUCAUUUCUGGUGACUUCAGUGAGCGCUAGAAUUGACUGCAUACAGACGCAAGAAUGGAGUGAGCACAAUCGGACCUGAUCCUACGUUAUUACAAAGACUCAGGUAAUCAUAUUGAUAUUACGCUUUUAUAAACUAAUCCUGAUUCACCUUUAUUUGCUUCCAACCUUUCUUUUCCAAAACGUGUCAAUGACUUUAGUUCUGUUUAGUGUUAUUUGUUGGGAUGGCAAUUUGUUGCUGUACAUUCACUUGGCUACAAUGAGAGCACAUCAUGUGAUUCAGGAGAAGUGGACAUUUAGCCUGUUAUAUGUUUUUAUCACUUUAUUAUGUCUUCUGAAGUCCAUGAGUUUGUGUACCCUAACAUGAGGGUGCAAUUUCACCAGGGGCUCCCAGCUAAUUGUGAAAUCCCCUUCAUUUGCAAUGAAAACGAGUUUGGCUAUAGAUUAGUUUGCCCCUCCUUUGCUCUGCUUCCCCAACAAGCUGUACCAGUAUCAGAAUGUCAAAGGAUCUUUCCAUCAUGGAAUCUCAACUUUCCAUUUCAGAACCCAUUUAGGAGCAGAGAAUCAAACAAGAUGGAUUACAAAUAUGACAAUGCUGGAAUAGAACUCCUGCUGGCUCACAUGAACAUAGAGGACAUAAUCGAUGUGGUGGAAAGUCUCUACCACACCAAGGAAGAGGAAGAAGAGGAAGACAAUGGUGUGUCGUUUGAGGAGGGUCUCUCUCAGGAGGAGAUGGACGAGAACGAGGAGACUGUGGAUGGUUCGGGGGACGAAGUGACAGGAGGGACCCAGGAGACACAACAGGAGAACGGUGGUGGUAGGGUCAGGUACGGGACGGUGUCGGACUUGCUCUCUUUCGUCAACCUGAUCUCUAACAUGGAGCCAGAAGCACUGCAGCACCUGCCGGAGGAGAUGGGUGUGUUACUGAACAAGGUGAGACUUCAGGACAUUGGUUAGUAUUUUGAGUAGGCUAUGUAUCUGCUUACAAAGGACUCAUAGAGUUAGAAAUUACAUUGCAUGUGUGUGUGAGUGAAAGUCUGUGUGUGUGUGUGUGUGUCUGUCUGUUCAUGAGUAGAGUUAAGAAUAGUAUACUUCUUUGUACAGGGUUUUAACUGCCUUUACUGUGUCAGAAACACCUCUCACACUGUAUUUCAUUACUUCUGUGCAGAAACACAUGGUGCUGAAGAAGGGUCACUAUCGCAUCGAUUCGGAUGUGUUUCUAUUUCCAUGGAAGUGGACCUACAAGACUCCAGGCUCUGGCGGCCAUGUUCCAAAGGGCUCCUUUGGGAAAGUCCACUUGGCCCAGGAUACCAUAACCAGGAAGAGAAUGGCAUGCAAACUGGUGAGUCAAUGAGCUCUCGUGCUGGAAUGUCUGGCAUGUUUGCAGAAUGGAUUUCUCGAAACUGCCUAUGUGCCAAGAUUGAUGUCCUCCAGGAAGUUUUGUUUUCAAAGCAACAGCAAGGACUAAAACAAGGACAAAAAUCCAUGUCAAAGCAGCAUGUCACAUGUCAAGUCAGUCAGGCCUUUGCACACAAACACUUUGAAACUUGCAAUAACACUAAGUAAAAAUAUAAUUGUUUUCACUGCGACACAUCUCAAAAGCCAGUAUUGCAUAUGGAUGGAAACUGAAAAGUAUUUGGCUGGUUACCCCACAAGAAACUCAACUGAAACCCCCCACAGUAACAUCUCUGGUUUUAGAAAAUAACACAUGUAGUGGGAAAGCUCCUGUUCUCAUUUGAUAUCUAUGUUUUCAUUUUGAGCUUAAUGAUUAGGCCUACUGGUAUUCACCUAUGGAGAGGAUAGCAUUGAUAUUAUAUCAGCCCACAAAUAGUUACACAUGAUGGGAGUGGCUUGCUGGUCUAGUUAUUCAAUAGUCAGUGGAAUGUUUACAUACUAAAGGCUUUGUAGAUACUUAUAGGAUGUGCUUUAUGCCUUAAUGGUUCUAUCCAUGCUCCUAGAUCCCCAUGGAACACUUAAAACCAGCCGAUGUGGAGAUCCAGGCCCGGUUCCAUCACGAGAACAUUGCAGAGCUCUAUGGUGCUCUCCUCUGGGACCAGAACAUCCACCUGUUCAUGGAAGCUGGCGAGGGAGGGUCGGUUCUGGAAAAACUGGACAGCUGUGGCCCCAUGAGGGAGUUUGAGAUCAUCUGGGUCACCAAGCAGGUCCUCAGGGGCCUGGAGUACCUACACUCUCACAAUGUCAUCCACCAUGACAUCAAACGUGAGUAAGAGCCCAAAACAAACGUUGAAAAACACACAUUAGUAGACAGAGUAGUGUAAGAGUAAGCAUAAGAGUGAGAGUAAGAGGAAUAGGCCUAUAGCCUCUACUUUUACCAGGGUUUAGAAACCCAGGGUUUCUCAAAUUCUUGCCCCAAAUACAGCAGAAAAUGAACCCAGGUAUGUCUACACAUGCACACAUGCACGCUAGUGGUGUAUUUGGGGCCUGUGACUGUCAUCAUCCACUUUAUGUCAAAUGUAACCAGGAAAGGAAAGGGCUUUAGAGUAGACUGCAUCUUAAAGCAACGGCUUCAUAGGAAACUCAGCCGUAGACACCUUAAGAAACCACAGAGCUCCCUAUAUAGUGUACUUCUAAAUGUACGUACAGUUCCCAUCACAUAUAUAGUAGGUCAAUUGCAAUUUUAGCAAAUUAUAGAAUAAAUAUUGACCUUUGAAAGUAGUGCUGUAUCUAAUCUUUCAUGAUAGACUAAUAACUUAGCACUGUAGCUAGUUAGCUCACACUAUAUUUGGUUCUGGGUUCUGAGAUCAUACUGUAUCUUGCAGCAAAUAUUCUAAGCAGCUUUUAUGGUGAAUCUCACUCACUCACUCUCCCUCCCUCCCCCUCUCUCUCUUCAGCCAGCAACAUCGUCCUGAUGUCAGACAAGGCGGUGCUGGUGGACUUUGGCCUGACGGUACAGAUGACAGAGAAGGUAUACACCCCUAGGGAUCUACGAGGCACAGAGGUGAGUGAUUCUGCUGUUUGUUCUCUUCAACACCCUCAUGCCUAUGACAUGACAACAAAAUGCACCCUCUGGUCUAUGACAUGACCUAGAGUGUUGGGGUCAAUUCAUUUUCAAUUCAGUCAAUGAUUUAAAAAAAAUUGGAAUUGGAAUUUCAGUUUACUUCCUGAAUUGUGAAUUGAAAUGGAAUUGACCCGAACCAUUGAGAUCACGCGAUGCCUCAGGACGCUCUGAUAAUGAUUUAUUCAGAAGACAAGUCAGUGCUCCUCUCACAGUGUCUCAGUCAAAAAAAGGUGCAGGGAAAUCACAUCAAACAUGAAGAGAUCUUGUACGGUGGAGUAUUGGUUUUUGUGUGUAAUGCAUAGGCUACAGUGUUUAAGGUUGAAUGCCUUUGAACACUAGCAUUUUCAGAUUCAAAUUGACAUCCUUAUCCACAGUUGGGAAAAUAUAGAUGAGGCAAUCACUAUGAUCUUUCUUAAGACCCUCCCUCUCCUCAUCCUCCUGUUACUAAUUCACUCCACUACUCUCUGUGGUAACCUAUACCCCUGGUGGCUGAGUGGGAAAGUCCCAGAGCAGAGAGAUAGACACCCAGCACAGCAUUAAUAACAGGAAGGGAGAUAGCUACCAAACAGACAGCUAGCCAACGGAGUGGAGCUGCUGAGGCUGACAUUAAGGCUGAGGCUGAGGCUGACAUUAGCUAACAGGCAGCACAGUAGGCUGGAAAUUCCAGUUGAGAGAUGGACUCUGGUCUGGUGUGUUUACUGUUUCAUACUCCACAGACCAUACCACGAGUACCGUAUUACCUGUUCAGUACUGUACAGAGCCUAUCAUAAGCCCAGCUGCUCUUAGUGUUCCUGUAUUAUUACAUAGUCAUAGAGACACUGUGCAUUAUCAGAGAAAACUCUUCUCUGCUUUUUUUCAUGUUGUGAUUGUUAUUAUUAUCACUUGCUUCAUGACUACAUAAAGGAAAUUACAUUUGAUAAAGAAAAAAAAUGGUGUACUUUCCAAACACUUAUUUUCUUCUUCUACAAUUGGCAUUAUGCCAUUGACCCUUUGAGUAACAGUUGUAUUGUGUUUUCUUCCCCAGAUGUAUAUGAGCCCGGAGGUGGUUCUGUGUCGAGGACACAACACCAAGACAGAUAUCUACAGCCUGGGCACCACCAUCAUCCACAUGCAGACUGGCAGCCCGCCCUGGGUCAGGAGAUACCCACGCACCGCCUACCCUUCCUACCUCUACAUAGUAAGUACCACCCUACCUAUCUCCCUCCCUACCCUUCCUACCUGAUAGUUCACAAAUGACUUCUAUACACUUCCAAUAAAUGCAUCGAAAUUGACAGCACACAUAAAGAGCCAAGAAAGGAGUGUAGCAGAGGCUGUUUCUGCAUGGGAUAUAAUCAGUGACAACUCCAGUAAGUAUUAACGGAAAGUGAAUGGAUGAAGUGUAUAGACGAGUGAAUGGUGAACUUACUGGCCUUCCUCUCGCUACACUGACAGGGCUGAAGGAGGGGAAACCCCUCGCUUGUGGCCAGUCAUUCCUUGAAACAGACCAACACAGUUUUACUUAACAUUCACUGAAGAUCAAACAAACUAUUUAUGUUAAAGGUAGGUCAGAGACAAAGUAGGCUAUAUCUAGUAGAAUUUCAUUUUCACUUGUUUUGCUGCACCCCCCCAAAAGUCGCAUAUUUUUCCAUGACCUGGUUCAGAUUUCCAUGGCAUAGGCCUAGGUUCUUGCAAGAUGAUUUUUCUCAAACGUCAUCAGAGGCAGGUCCCUUAACGUGACACUGCGUCCUAAAUGGCACCCUAUUCCCUAUUAUAGUGCAAUAACUUUGACCAGAGCCUUAUGGGCCCUGGUCAAAGUAGUGCACUAUGUUGGGAAUAAGUUGCCAUUUGGGAGGCAGCCUCUGUCUCUGGCACGUUAGUAGUUUACUCCCUCAGGCUCAGUACAGUAGUUCCGUUUUACUUUUUACAGUGUUUUUCCAUGACCAUGUUCCUGAUUUGAAGAGGUACUGUUUCUCUUUUUGAAGCGUUAUUAAUCUCUACUUUAAGGAAGGACUCACUUCCUCAUUCUUCACUGUCAUAGGGAAGCCCUUUCUUGUACAUCAGACUUGUUUUACAAGAUAUUACACUCAAUAGAUGGAGGCGUGAGAUAGCAUAGAGGUGCAGAUUCAAUGCAGAAUAGCGUUUAGUCUCACCCUACCAGAAACAGUAUUUAACAAGACAGGAAGAUAGCAUAGAGGAGUAGAUUCGAUCAGUUGUUUUCCUUCAAAUACUUUAGCUGUGCUUGAUUGAACUUGCCUGGUGCAAUGGAACCAAUGGAAUAGUGCCAAAAGUGCAAAACCCAUCCAUCUAAACUCACCUUACCUGAAGGUAUUACUUCAGACCUCUGACCAUAUCCUCCUCUCUCCCCUCAGAUCCACAAGCAGGCCCCUCCCCUGGAGGACAUAGCAGAGGACUGCAGCGGUGUCAUGCGGUCCUUCCUGGAGAGAUCCCUGGAGAGGAACCCUGCCAAGCGCAGCUCUGCAGCCGAGCUCCUGAGGGACGAGGCCAUCAACCCUCCCAGAGAGGAACAGCCACGCUGCUGGAGCCUGGACUCAGCCCUGGUGGAGGCCUCCCACCCUCUACUGAGGCAGCACAGCCAGCAGCCUGACACCACACAGGGUAGGGACUUCUAUAUGUUACUGUUCCCUAUCAUUGUUGCUCCCUAAAAUAAACCGUUCUACAUACUGUUCCUCACAGGGUAGGGACUUUUAGGGAUAUGCUAAUAAACGGUACAUCUACUAUGUUUUAAAGUGCAUGUUUCUCUGAUAUUCAAAUGACACAGAGUACACACUCAAACAUUUGCAUGUGAUGGCACCUAUUAAUACAACAACUAUUCUAUUUCUCUUCACAGAAUCCUCUCUGUACUCUGAGCCUGAGGACUCUGCCCACCUGAGGAGAAAGGGAUCCCUGUACAUUGACCUGGGGGCAAUGGCUGGAUACUAUAAUCUAGUGAGAGGUCCCCCUGCUACAGAGUAUGGCUAA